AUGGAGGAAAUCAAAUAUCGUUGUCGAACUGUCCACCCUCUUACUUGCAAUGCCAUGGUAUUCACAGGACUUAUCGUGGACGCGCAGCUCGAUGAAAUUGUGUUAAGGCAGACGGCGGCUCAGCUGGUGAAGAGCCGCCCGUAUGCACUCUCAUCGGGCUCGACUGUCGACUUUGAAAGUCGGACGCUCCCCAAAAGUGCAACAUCCUGGAAACGAGGCAUACUUCAUUCCAUAGAAUGCAAUCAGCCGACCAUUAGUGACUCCCUCAACCCAGAAGAAUUGGAUGAUGCUUUCAUCUUUGACGUACCUGGCGCGCCUGCGAAUGUCUUCCUCAUUCGCGCUACUCUUUUCCGCGACGCCACCCUACUCUGCUUCGGCAUCAGUCACCAUUUGGCUGACCGCACUGCCGCCUACGACGUGAUUCGGGCCUAUUGUGACCGGCUUGCCGGGCGCCCCAUCCCAUCGUUGCUGCUCCCAUCCGAUGCGUGUGGCCAGCAAAUGUCGGACCGGGUGCUUCUCAGCGGCAAGCACGGAAGGUCACUUCGGUCUAUAACUUACGCAGAGCAUCUGGCCAACUUCACCGCUGGGUUCUGGCCGAUCUUACUGCUCAUGAUCAGAGUAAUUUUGUGUCUGCUGCUGCGCAAGCUAUGUUUGCAAGAAACCCUGGAGGAACGGUACAUUUACCUCCCGGACGACUGGGUUGGCGCCGUGCACAGAGGAGCACUCGAUACUCUCGCUGCCAUGCCUGUGGGUGCCCAGCCCUCGUGGGAUACCCAGCCGACCAGGAACAACAUUAUCAAUGCCUGGUUCCUCAAAUCGGUCUACAGUGCUAUCCCGAGCAGUCGAGCUGACAUGUAUUUCUAUGGUCCGCUCAGUUAUCGGUGUGUGGUUGAGCCUCCCCGGCCAGGGACCUACUGGAUUCAUAACAGUAUCGGGCUACUGCGGCACAAGCUGUCAGUGGCUCAGAUCCAGAACGAGCCAGUGGCUAUGCUGGCGGGCCGACUCCGCUUGGCCAGCUUGCGGUUCACCUGCCCGGCAUCCAUCAAGGCGUUUCUGCAGAUGUGCGAGGAUCAUGCGUCACAGCAGAUGCUGCCGAGAAUCCCCGCCAAGGGACGAAUACCGAUGGUGAUGGUCACCACAUGGACAGGGUUCGAUUUCGCAUGCUUGGACUUUUCGAGCGCCGCGUGCGACCGGAGCAAACCAGCCAAAGUCCUCUUCGUCCAUCCCCUUGUUCGGAGCCUGCGACAGGGAGUGUGGCCCUCUGCAUAUACGCUGAAGAGUGCGCAGGGUGGUGGGUACUGGCUGCGAGCCUGGAAUACUUUCUCGGGAUGGAAGAAGUUCAGUCAAAUGGUGGAUGUCGAUACUCUAUGA